GCUUAAGUUUUAAGGACUUGGUUGUUCAGAUGUAGUGUUUACUGAAUUACAGACUGCAGUCAAGAUUUUAGAAACAGCUGGUUGAAAAUAAUUGCCUUGACUGGCUCUACUGACCCCCCAGGAACAUAUCCCACUUACAUGUAUGUUCUCCUCAUUCAUCAUUUAUGGGUAUAUUGGGAUUUUAUUUACUCCACAGGGCUGGCAAUUUGAUAUUAGACUUGCUAAUGAGCAGCAACCAUGCACUCCUGCUGUCUGUCAUUCAGUGCAGUCAAGGUACAUCGCAGGCAGCAGAGAAGAGCUGAGUAGUCAACCUUCUUCCACAUUCUGCUCUCCAGAAAACAAGCAGGGGGAGGGGCCAGAGGUGUCAUUUGACACCGAUGACAGCGUAUUUAUUUCCUACGCGAAACAGCCAAAGCAGAAAGACAAAAAGCAGCUAACGUCUGUAACGAGGAGCUGACGGAAAAGGUGAUGCGGGCAGCUGCCUUUGCAGACUCCAACUCCAGCACCAUGAACGUGUCCUCUGCUCACCUCCACUUCGCUGGAGGGUACCUGCCCUCUGACUCCAAGGACUGGAGGACCAUAAUCCCAGCUCUCUUGGUGGCUGUCUGCCUGGUCGGCUUCGUGGGAAACCUGUGUGUGAUUGGCAUCCUCCUUCACAGCGCUUGGAAAGGAAAGCUAUCCAUGAUCCACUCCCUGAUUUUGAAUCUCAGCCUGGCUGAUCUCUCUCUCUUGCUGUUUUCGGCACCUGUACGAGCCACAGCAUACUCCAAAGGUGUCUGGGAUCUAGGCUGGUUUGUCUGCAAAUCGUCUGACUGGUUCAUCCACACGUGCAUGGCAGCCAAGAGCCUGACAAUCGUUGCGGUGGCCAAAGUAUGCUUCACGUAUGCAAGUGACCCAGCCAAGCAAGUAAAUAUCCACAACCGCACCAUCUGGUCAGUGCUGGUGGCUAUCUGGGCUGUGGCCAGCCUGCUAUCCUUGCCAGAAUGGUUCUUUAGCACCACCAGGCAUUACGCAGGUGUGGAAAUGUGCCUCAUGGAUGUACCCGCUGUGGCUGAAGAGUUCAUGUCAAUGUUUGGUAAGCUCUACCCUCUGCUCGUAUUUUGCCUUCCAUUACUCUUUGCCAGUUUUUAUUUCUGGAGAGCUUAUGGCCAAUGUCAAAAACGAGGAACUAAGACUCAAAAUCUUAGAAAUCAGAUGCGCUCAAAGCAACUCACAGUGAUGUUGCUGAGCACUGCCAUCAUCUCUGCUAUUCUGUGGCUCCCUGAAUGGGUAGUCUGGCUGUGGAUAUGGCACCUGAAGGCUGGAGGCCCGGCCCCACCACAAGGUUUCAUAGCCCUGUCUCAAGUUCUAAUGUUUUCCAUCUCCUCAGCAAAUCCUCUCAUUUUUCUAGUGAUGUCAGAGGAGUUCAAGGAAGGCUUAAAAGGCUUAUGGAAAUGGAUAACCAAAAAACAUCCGACUGCCUCAGAGUCUGAGGAAAUACCAGCUGGUAACUCAGAGGUCCUUCCCGACAAUGUUCCAUCUCCAGAGUCCCCAACAUCCACACCAGAGAAAGAGAAAACUGGCUCUCCCUCCUCCAGCAAACAGAAAACUGAGAAGGCAGAGAUUCCCAUCCUCCCUGAUGUAGAGCAGUUUUGGCAGGAAAGGGACACAGUCCCUUGCGUACAAGACAAUGACCCUAUCCCCUGGGAACAUGAAGAUCAAGAGACAGGAGGAGAUUGUGAUAAAUAGAUUAAGUUUCAAAGCAAAACAAAUCGCGAUUGUUGUAUUUACUUGUACUGCUGCUUAUCAAUAUUGCUGAUUUUACUGUAAGAAACAUGACAAAAUUAUUACCGUUAGGAAUUACAAAAAUGCUUCACAGUCUGCAUUUUCAAAAUGUGCAAUUUGGUAAGUAGAACACCAUGUUAGGAGUAAUAAUUGUUUCAGAAUUACAACCUGCCAGUCCAAAGAAUUAACUUUAAGUGUUGUACGAAGAUGCUUCUGCCACAAGUGAUUAGAAAGCCCAGCUAUUUUGUCACUUGUUUACAAU